CGUGUGGAUAAGCUCCUAAAUCAGAGAGCAAGGCCAAAUUGGCCGCCGACAUUGACGUGAGGAGGAAUCAAUCCUUGGUUAUUUCCAAAACCUCAAUCUUACCGCAUCGUACCGAGACUUCUUUGAGAUUCUUUGGUACUCUCAACUCCCGUGCUUUGACGUCCAAGGAACUACAUCCCGAUCAAUGGACGAAAAGUCUAUGGUCAAGCGUUGCUUUUGGAAAGGCUUGCCCAUCAAUUGUGCUCUAAUCUUUAAAACAUUUCCAACGGACCGGGGAAUGUGUUGCACCUUCAAUAUGAGAAAGCGAGGUUAUGUUCCAAAA